UCUUUGAUUGGAGGGAAACCCCGUGGAUGAGCGGGAGAGAUCAUCAGCUGUGCUGCCGGGAAUCAGGAACAACAUCGUUUUACGACGCUCACAGCCCACACAGGAGCCAUGGCAGACAAGGAGGAGCAGGUACAGAAAGCCAAACUGGCUGAGCAGGCCGAGCGCUAUGAUGACAUGGCCGCAGCCAUGAAGGCUGUCACAGAGGAGGGCUCGGAGCUCAGCAAUGAGGAGCGCAAUCUGCUUUCUGUAGCUUAUAAGAACGUGGUGGGGGCUCGGAGGUCCUCCUGGAGGGUGGUCUCCAGCAUGGAGCAGAAAUCUGACGACAGUGGGAAGACCACACUGGCCAAGGAGUAUAGAGAGAAGAUCGAGAAGGAGCUGAAUGACAUCUGCAAGGAAGUGCUGGACCUGCUCGACAAACAUCUGAUUCCCAACGCUACACCUGCUGACAGUAAAGUCUUCUACCUGAAGAUGAAGGGAGACUACUUCCGCUACCUGGCUGAGGUGGCCACUGGAGAGGACAAAGAGGCCAUCAUCAACAACUCACAAGAAGCCUACCAGAAGGCCUUGGAAAUCAGCUACAACGAAAUGCAGCCUACUCAUCCCAUCCGCCUCGGCCUCGCUCUUAACUUCUCCGUCUUCUACUACGAGAUCGUCAACUCACCUGAGAAGGCCUGUCAGCUGGCCAAGACGGCCUUUGACGAAGCCAUUGCCAUGCUGGACUCCCUCAACAGUGACUCCUACAAAGACAGCACCUUGAUCAUGCAGCUGCUCCGUGACAAUCUGACACUGUGGAUGUCAGAAGCCCAGGGUGAGGGCGAGGGCGAGGGAGAGGAGACGGAGCAGGCAGCCGAGAAGAACUGAAACUUCAGAGAGAAAAAAAAACAGAACAAAACAAAAACACACAUUUUUUACCUCUCACCAGCCUAAGUUGUGUGUGUGGUUGUGUGUGCACAUACAUGCACAGAUAUGUAUGUUUACACUCCACUCACAAUGUGUAAAGUACAGUAUGUGUGUGCAGAUACAUUGAAGUGUGUGUGUUAAUUGUAUGAGCACCUCCACAGAGAAAAGAAUGGAAUAGAUCUGUUUUUUUUAUUUUUAUUAUUGAACAUUACUCAUUGUGUGAACCAGUGGAUUUUUUUUUUUUUUUUUUUUUUUUUUUUGGUUUGUUUGUUUUUUGUCCAUCGUUUAGUCUUGAUGAAAUGCUCUUUAAGCCCCCAUGCUCUUGAACCUUGUUCACUGUAGCAAACUGCAGUGGUUGCAGGAAAAAAAAAACUAAACAGAAAACCUCUAACUGUAUUUUGAUGAUUUGUAUGUUUUUACUUGAACAUUUACAACCUUUGUGACACUUGAGUCCACAAAACACCUUUGAAGCAUGUAAACCAUAAAAAGUAAAAUAAAAAAAAAAAAAGGUCACAGCAGUCUGAAUCUGAGGCUGUCUCACGAAAUUUUAGGCUCCAUCUGACAACAAUGGUGAUCAUAUAGAUGGCAGAAUUUUACCUUGGUAAAGAUCUAUAACCAUAUUGCUUGUAUCCAUCCUGCCGUGUCGGUGUGUCCAGUGUAGCAGGUAGUGUUUUUAUGGAUGGUACAUGUGUCACGGCUCAGUGGGUUCUAUGUGCAUUCGGGUGUAGGAAAGGUUUUCUGGCCACUUGCGAAAACUAGUCAAACUUUUUGGUUGGAUAGUUUUGUUGAGAGCAUCACAUUCCAUUUUACUGGCAUCUUUUCACUCUUUGUGAAAUGUGUGUAGACUAUAAUUUCCUGCAAUUUUCCAUACCAUAUGACAAGGUAUAGACAGCCUAAGAUAAAGUGAACAACUUGACAAAACGGCUCAAUACUGUAACUUUUGAUAUUUUAUCUUUUCAGCAGUGCAGAGGAUACUUUUGCCAUGUGCUUUUAUGUGGCUUUCUACUCUUUUUCUAUUCAGGUGUUUUUGUAUUUUCUUUUGUGUAUUUUAUUCCCUUUGAAUCUUGAUUUUUGACUCCUGGAAUGUAUGUGGUUCUCAGUAGUAUGGUGUGAGGGUUAGGCGUGCUUCGAAACUGGCAGUUUUUGCUUAGGAUUUAGCUUGAACCAGGUGGUUUACAGUAACAUUUACCUUCCUUGAAAGUACAUUGUGAAAAGAUUAACUAAAACAAUGCUAAAAUAUAAAUUGAUUUAUAAAAGUAACUUGGUAGAGAGCUGCGUUACGACCAUUUAGUAGACACAAAGUAGUGCCAGUUUCAUAUAAUUACAGUAUCUUGGUUUUAAAGA